CCUCUCAAAAUAUAAAACUCUAUGGACCUGAAUGGGCCCAACCGUGGGUUUCUUUUUUAAUUACUACUACUAGUAAAUUAAUGCCAAUAAUAAUUUAAUAAUUGUACAUAUAAUUUAUUCAUGAAUUAAUAAUGCUUACAUAUAGUAAUUAUUUGGUUGAGUGAUGUUAAUGAUGAAAAUUCAAUUUUAGAAACUUCAAAUAUCAGCAGAGACAAAAUUAUAUAACCAUCUUUGCGUCAGCAAAAGUCUUUUGGAAAAAUAAUAGAGAUUUGAAAUUGCAAAAGAAUGCCUGGGUUGCUUAAUUUGAUCCCAUCGAUGUCUGUAACCAUGGCACGAAAUGCACCUACCAAAAGUCUCCACUCUAUUGCUAAUGAGUCUUCAACUGCUCCCACGCCUCUGCAGCCUGUGAUCAACUGGCUGUUUGCAGUAAAUUAUUAGCAACACAAUUGAAUUGUACGUUUAUAAGACAGGCAAAUCAAGGUCUAUCAAAGUAAAGAAAUUACGCAAACUAUGGCUCAAAUUAGCAACUUAAGAAUCGAUCCAAGAAGUGGUUUUUGCUCCUCCAAUUCUACAUUCUACAGCAAACGCACCCCCUUUCCACUUCCAUCUAACCACUGCCUUGAUAUCACAACAUUUAUCUCCUCUUACCCCCACCAUGGCAAAACCGCCUUCAUCGACGCCAAUACUGGACGCCAUCUCUCCUUUUCCGAACUAUGGCAAGCCGUUGACUACGUUGCUACGUGUCUAUCCGACUUGGGAAUCCAGAAAGGCCACGUCGUUCUCAUCAUCGCACCAAACUCCAUCUUCUUCCCCAUUGUUUGCCUCGCUGUGAUGUCUCUUGGCGCUAUUAUAACCACCAGCAAUCCCCUCAACACACCCCGUGAAAUCGCGCUACAAAUGGUUGAUUCAAAGCCCGUCCUCGUCUUCACCACCAGUCAAGUCGUCCCAAAACUUGCUAGAUCAUCUGUUCGCAUCGUACUUCUCGACGAACAGGUGAUCAAUACCAGGAGCGAAGCCAAAAUUGUUACAACUAUUGAUCAAAUGAUAAAGAAGGAGCCAACUGGUAGCCGAAUCAGGGACCGAGUAUACCAGGACGACGCAGCUAGUUUACUUUAUUCGUCAGGCACAACAGGUACCAGCAAGGGAGUUGUAUCGUCUCAUAGAAACCUCAUGGCCCUAAUGCAAUUAUUUUCAAUCUUGGUCAAUCCAGACGAAGGAGAGCAAACAGAUAUCUGCACCGUUCCCAUGUACCACAUCUACGGCUUCGGAGCUUUUGCCAUAGGGAAACUGACGACAGGAUCAACGGUAGUGAUUUUAUCAAAGUUCGACAUGAACGAAAUGCUGGCGGCGGUUGAGAAGUAUCGUGUCACUCGCCUGCCCCUCGUGCCAUCUAUACUCCUGGCAUUGGUGAAGGGAGCCGAUCAGAUACAAAGGAAGUAUGACUUGAGUUCGCUGCAAUCGGUUGUGUGUGGUGGGGCUCCACUGAGCAAGGCAGUCGUCAACGGAUUUUUAAAGAAGUUUCCUACAGUGCAUAUUCGUCAGGGGUACGCGUUAACCGAGACAACAGGGUUUGGCGCGUCAAUUAAUUCGCUAGAGGAGAGUAGGAAGUGUGGCGCAGUAGGAUUACUUUCACCUAGCUUGGAGGCCAAAAUUGUGGACCCUGUCACAGGUGUGGCCGUGAAGGUUAAUCAGACGGGUGAGCUUUGGCUUAGGGGUCCCUCGAUUAUGAAAGGUUAUCACAAUAAUGUAGAAGCUACAGCAUCAACUCUUGAUUCAGAUGGAUGGUUAAAGACUGGAGAUCUUUGCUACAUCGAUGAUAAUGGCUUCGUUUUUGUUGUUGAUAGGUUGAAGGAGCUGAUUAAAUAUAAAGGAUAUCAGGUGCCUCCUGCAGAACUGGAAGCGUUGCUACUUUCUCACCCAGAGAUUUUUGAUGUUGCUGUCAUACCGUUUCCUGAUUAUGAGGUUGGGCAGUAUCCCAUGGCGUAUGUGGUUAGAAAAACUGGAAGCAAUAUAUCGGAGACUGCAGUCAUGGAUUUUGUAGCAAGACAAGUAGCACCGUACAAGAGAAUCCGCAAAGUGGCAUUUAUAAAUUCAAUACCCAAGAAUCCAUCAGGCAAGAUUCUUAGAAGGGAUCUCAUCAAGCUUGCAACCUCCAAAAUUUGAGUGAUUUGGACUUGAGAUGGAACAUAAUUUGGAAGGUAGUGAUAUAGCUCAAAUUUGAAAAAUGUAUGUUCAAAGCUAAGUUUCACUCUACGUUGAAACUUCUUUGCUUUUUUCUCGUCAUUGGAAUCUUCUGAACAGGAAUCAUGAAUUUUCUGUUUGAUAUAAAUUUUAAGCGUGACAAUGCUUCAUGAAUAAAGCCAGUUAAUAAAGCAAGAAAAAUGAAAUUGAGCAUCGUAUCCUUAUUUAUUUCUAGCAGAUUGAAUUCUAUUCUUUCAUAGUUGUCACUGUCCUGGAACUGAUUUCAGGCCCCUCUUGAUACUCUAUAUGACUGAAGGUGAAACCUUUGUGCUGCAUAGUUGAGUCCAGUCAUUUAUAAUCGUUGCAAACACGAAUACUAGCACCAAAAAGAAAAAAUCCACCGCUGAAAUUGAGGAAAAAGAAGUUCCUGAUAUAAUCCAAUCAACAUAGGGCAAAGAUCUUAUCCAAAUUUGGGCCUGAAAAUGCCGAUACGCUUUAGCUUGUUAUUUUGAUUGUGGACAUUUACGAUCCUUUGCCUAGUACAGAUGGUUUGGGCCAAAAGUA